AUGGCCAUUACCACGCUUGGUCAGCAAAUGUCCGAGCCCGAACGUCGCCGAAGAAGAAGACCAGCAGUCUCAUGCACAGUCUGCAGGAAACGCAAAAUCCGAUGCAACCGAGAACAUCCAUGCAACAAUUGCACCCGUUCGAGAGAUGCCGUCUGCAUUUACGAAGAUUUCCCUCCUCUGAGACAGCGUCCCCAUACCGAGGAACCCGCCGCCUCUGAUGGACAAACAUCUCCGGGAUCAACGGGGAAAACCUCAAGCAUAACAAGCAGCGCCGCCACAGCUCCACAUGACACUGGGACUCCAUUGUCGACAAACAUCCCCAUCGAUACUUUGAUGAUAGGACGUCCUCCUAUGACCUCAGACCAGAGCCAGGACAUUUCACCUGCUCCGUUGACCCUAGAACUGCCUGACCCUGCACAAUGUAGACAGGACUUUUUCGGCGAACCUCGAAUAUCCGGACGCACAGUAUUCCAUAAGUCACGCCAAUUCGGCCAGAGUCACUGGAUGAAUGGUGUUUCCAUGUUUGGAGGCAUUCUCCAUCUCAUCGAGUCCCGCAUGCGCAAAGAACCCACAGUGAUUCCAGCCGGCAUGCGACGGUGUAAAGCGUUGGCGAAAGUGAUCAAAUCGGCACGAAUGCCGGUAUGGCCGACACCACUUAGUGACGAUCUACCGGCCAGAGACGUUGUCGAACACUUCAUCGACAAUUAUCUCCGCACAAUCGAAUCCGUGUAUAGAAUCAUCCACAUCCCCACGUUCAGAAAGCACGUCGAAGCACUCUGGACUCUGCCCCAGGGCGGGCGUCGCGACACCGCCUUCAUGGUUCAAUUGAAGUUGAUCCUUGCAAUUGGCGCCACGUACGACGAGACCUUUAGUCUUCGUACGUCCGCCAUGCGAUGGGUCUACGAGGCCCAGACGUGGCUGAACACACCGAACUCCAAAAUCAGGCUGAACGUGCAGUCUUUGCAAAUCAACGUGUUGCUGAUCGUGGCACGAGAGCUCGUCGACGUCUGCGGAGACUUGACGUGGAUCUCUGCGGGUGAGCUGUACAGACGAGCCAUCUACAUGGGCUUGAAUCGCGACCACCCUAGUCCAGUCGGGUCGACGGUGUUCGCUACAGAGAUGCGCCGACGGUUAUGGAACACGGUCCUUGAGAUCUGUCUGCAGGCAAGCAUGGCCUCUGGUGGUCCUGUGCUUGUGUCCAUGGACGACUUCGACACAAAGCCACCGAGUAAUCUCGACGAUGUCCAGCUGGAGGAGAAAUCCCCCGCGGUAAAACCCGAGAACGUGUAUACCCAAGUGUCGACGGCUAUUGCUCUUCGGAAAUCGUUGGCGGUGCGUCUGGCCGUCGUGAAGUUCUUGAAUGAUCUCAGAGUCAACGGACGAUAUGAGCACGUGCUCCAACUUGACGGGGAGAUGAGAACGGCAUACAAGACACUCACUCGAACAUUGCAAAACAUGUUGUCAUCGUCGUCGUCGACCUCGUCAGAUGGAUUCGGGCGGCCAGGACCCAACACCUUUGAACUCAUGACCACAGACCUCAUGAUGAACCGGUACCUAUUGACCGUUCACAUUCCGUUUUUUGAACAAUCCAUGCACGAAGCCACGUACGCAUAUACUCGGAAAGUCGUGCUCGAGUCGUCGUUGAAGAUGUGGUACGUGGCGUACCGAUCGUCUUCUGAGCAAGUGGGUGCAGGUGCAAGUGGCGUCACCGCCACUCUCAACGUCAACACACCCUCACCAGGUUCCACGGCCUGCGGUGGCCCCGGAUACGGCUUCUACCCAGUCUACCGCAGCGGACUUUUCCAAGCCUCCUGUCUCGUCGCCGCAGAACUUUGCGCACAACUUGAAGAACAAGACGGCGUAGGGAUGGGAUUCACACCUCUACGACCCGACCUGUUGCCUGUCGUGCAGGAGGCAAAGACCUGGUGUCACCACGGCAUGCAGAUCGGCGAGACGAACAUCAAGGGAUACGUGUUUUCAUGCUUGAUCGCCGCACAAGUCGACGCGUUGAUGCGUGGGAUGGACAAGGACGACAUUCCGAGGUUUUUGCUGCAGAGAGCAGAAGAGGCCAUGAGGGAGUCUAUUGCCGUAUUGGAGGAGCAGGCUGGUGUUGGCAACAAGGACACGAACACGAACACGAAUGCAAACGGGAACGGGAAUGGCGACGGACGUGAUCUGACCUCCUCCUUGGGUGUGUCGACUGUGGGAUUCGAAGCUCUUGACGAGUGUGCGUUCAUGUAUAAACACGAGUCAUUGGGACAAGCUAAGACUUCAUCCGAGGAGCGAGCUCUGGUGAUGCAGAAUUCUGUCAACCUAUUGAAGGAUCUACUCGACCAGUGGACGACAUUGGCGGACGAAACCAACCAUGUAAACGGGGAUAUCAGCAAUGCUUCUAGAAACCCGGGACACAUCCCUUUCAGCGAAGAUCUGGGACGGCAAAGUAGCGGCAGUAGAACCAAGUCGGCUAACCCUGGAGAGGCCUUACGCAGCCACGAGCCCUCGGAACAUGCGACGACUACAUAUGGACCAACGGCGAACUCUCCAGAUGCCCGGUAUACGAAUUCAAUCGCAGAGAAGUACGCCGCCUCGCAGAAGAAGAUAGCGGAGCUUGAAGACAAAUUGAGGGAAAUGGAAAGAGAGAAGAGCAGCAUAAAAGGCAACGAGGAAGCUCAAACCAGAAGGCCCGCGAACUUUGAGGACACGAAUAGCGACAUGGACUAUAUGGUGAUCCAGCCCUCUGUGGAAUUCCCGCAAUCGAAGACAGCCUCUUACUUCGAUCGUCCUGCAGAAAAAUCCAGAAUAUCUCCACGAACAGAGAGAGUCCAGGACCUGGACGACGAAAGAUGGAAAAUACAUCAUCGCAACAGCCGAGAUUAUAUGCGCUACAUACAGGAAAUCCGCUGGUCCAAAAAGCACGAGGUCUUCGCGUCCAAAGCGGCGGCAGUAGAGCCCGCAGCAGAACCUACAGAAGAGCCCGCAGAAGAGACGCGGCCCUGCCCUGAAUUCCAACACCGGGCCCAAGAAGUUGGUCAGUCGCCUCAGGACCAGUCUGAGCAAUGCGCGCCUGAAGUGGCCAAUCUCUCCCCAUCUUCGCCGGGCUGUCGGACCCUCGCAGACUAUACGUACUUUCCACAAGGCGGCUUGAGCUUGCAAAACGGGAGCUUCGCCCCGCAAUCGGAUCCUUCUCCGGAGUUGUAUUUCGCCAGCCCGGAUAUACGACAAAUGUUUCUGGACCAAAGCACCGUCUCCAAUACUGUUCUUCAGGAGAACACCGAAGCCCGGAUUCAUCCACCGGUGAGUACUCCUUCGGCAAAUCUCAGCACAGGCUCGGCUGCAAGUGGAGACCGUGACUCUGCGUUGUCAUCAAAUCCAGCAACCAUCGCAAGAGACCCUGUCCAGCAACGGUCGAGUCAGAAUUGGCAGAUAUACAAAGACCCCGAAGUGCUGCUGAAGUAUUAUUUCGACAAAAUUUGCGAAUUGCAUAGUACAUGGGAUGAUCCGGCUACACCAUUCCGAGCGUUCGUCGGACGGCGACUGAAGACUUCGCGAUUGAUCUCUUCAUGCGUGGCCAGUAUGUGCGCAAUCCAUCUUUUCAAAGGAGACCGCAAUAUGCUUCCGGUAUGCAUCGACUACCAUUCUAUUGCGGUCAAGAACCUGUCUGACGCUGUAACCGCUCUCGACUCGCGAAUGUCUACCAUGAACGACACGGUCCAGUCCAAUCCGACGGCAGGAGCAGGCCUGAAGGAUCAGCUUCAAGAGGCUCUUUUGGCAUCCAUUCUACUCGGAAACUCUUCUCCAUGGCUCGACUCAACUGACAUUGGGGUUCCUCACCUCCUCGGCGCACGAAAGUUGUUUGAAUACUGGCUUACAACUAUCGAAAAUUGGGUGCAGCAUGACUCGGUGCCACGAAUGAAGCUCGACCCGGAGCAGUCUUUUCUGGUUGGCAGUAUGGCCUACUGGGAAGCUUUGUUGGCCUUUGUGAUUGACCAGCCACUUGAUGCGGUCGAUUACCUCCUGCCCUUCUCUCAAAACCCCGAGGUGGUCGUUCCGAACAAUUGCACCGGUAUUGGCACCCCAGUCUUCAUCAUCAUGGCUCGGGUCGGGAUCUGCCUGCGUCAGCGAAGGGUUCUUGACAAACUGGCAGGCCUUGGAUGGGGGACUGAUGAAGCAUACACCUCACUAAAGUCCCGAGUGCUACAGCGCGCGGCGUCUCUGGAAAUGAGCGCUCUUCAAUAUACAUUGCCACCGACAGACAUUGUUCAGGGCCUCGAGAGCCGACCGGAGGUGCUGCAGCAAAUGCGAUCUUUUGCACAGAUGUAUAGGUUAGCAAGUCUCUUGGAGCUGCACCGAAAUUUCCCCGAGCUGUCCCAUCGCCCUUGGUUGGUGACCAGUCCUUCAACAAGAGACCCAUCGACUUCUGUUACACGUGCGUUCGAGAACACACCUGUGGACGAUUUCAAAGACCAAUGGCGCCGGGUGCACGAGCUUGCGAGAGUGAUUCUGAGCCUGAUAGAGGACUUUCCCAUCAGACACGAGUCCAAUAUGCACCAAACGCUGGUGCUCAUCAUCUGUGGUAGUGUCUGGUACUUACUUCCCGACCCUGAAUCCUCGUCGGCCGAUGCAGCCGACAUCCUCACCCUUGACGACCAGCUUGCGUUGAUAGCUAUGCGACGCCAGGCGGUCGAGAGACAUCGCUCUUUCCUCCGUCAAAGAAUGGAGGUAACUUCCGGGGGCUGGGGUCUCUCAGAAAUCUUUCAGCGGGCAGAAAAGCUGUUGGAUGAAGUCUGGAAGAGAUUUGAUAAUGACAUGGAGGGAGACAUGGCUCAGAAGGCGACGGAUAGCCUAUCUACUCUACAAAAUCAUUGGAUGGAUGUGAUGAUCGACUGCAAGCUUGAGACCCUUUUCGGAUGA